AUGGCGCUACAAGAUUAUGUGGGCCGAAUCCAGAAGGAACCCUUCCUUAUCUCAAACAGCUUUUUCUUAGGACUCGCUCUUAUCGGAGUAUUUGUCCGCUUUAUAGUCCGGUUCCAUGUGCAGAAGCGCCGGUUCCAGAUCGAGGAUACACUACUUAUAUUGGCCACUAUUUUCCUACUAGCAGCUCUGACAAUCAUGUAUAGUAAGGUGAUUACCCCAAUGUUCUUGAAGGCAAGUAUUCAAAGUGGGGUAAAGGGCGUCGAUCUGCCUGCAAAUCUUGUGGAAAUAUCGCAGGUAGUACCCAAAUGGACUCUGGCCUCUAUAACGCUUAGUUGGUGCUCGAUCUCUACCGUGAAAUUCUUCUUCCUCGCACUUUUCUGGAGAUUGAUCGAUCGCUUACAUGGAUGGCAAAUCUACUGGUGGAUUGCUUUCGUCAUCAACGUCGUUGCUCAUUGUCCUAUCGGACGGUCUAUGGAUAGGUCUUUGGAUAAGGCUAUUCGCAAUAUAAUAGCUCAAAUCUCUUUAGAUAUUACGGGAGAUCUUUUAAUCCUGGUGAUUCCUAUUGGAAUUCUCUGGAAUGUUCGCAUGAAAUGGACUCAAAAAAUGGCUCUAGGGAGUUCCCUUUGUCUUACGAUCCUUCUGGUUGCCCUUUCAAUCGCUCGGUUUAUUGCUAGUUCACACCCUAAUGUAAAAAAUAACACUUGGGGAUUGUUCUGGUUCACUAUGAGCGCAAAUGUGGGCGUCUUCCUCGCGGCCGUGAGUGCCUUUCGAUCCUUCUUCCGAAAGCAAAGCAAACCCUACAUUCCUAUCUAUCGCAAAAAGCUCAAGAGCUUUUCCAAGAAGCUACCGAUCCGGUCAGGCCGAGGUCAUAACGUCUCAGGUACUUGGCCUAGACAUACUUCUACCAACCCAGGCUUCGAGCAUCUGCCCGAGAACGCAAACGAUUUGGAUCGCCGGCACGAUGACCCAGAAUGGCAUGCUAUGUCGUCCUUUACUAUCUCUGCUGAAUACGAGAGUAGCCACGAUGCUGCUCAAAAUUCUGCCUAUCUGAAAAAAGUCGAACGCGUUGCAGUCCUGCCACGGUCGACCUAA